AUCAUUUCUUAAUUUAACUGAAGAAAAACUCCUAAAGCAUCCGUAUAAUCUUGUUGGUGGUACGGCAUAUGAAAUCGCACAUCUGAUUGAACUUCUUAAAGGUGAAGAAGAUCCUAGGAAUUUGCAUGAGAUUGUAAAAAAUGCUAUGCUUGAAAUAAUUAAGGAAAAAUCAUUUGAAGUGAUUAGUGUAUCAAAACUAAGCUUGACUAAAAUGAACAAAAUUGAAAAAGCUAUGGGUUUGGGUUCUUUUUCUAUAACCAGCAAAACUUUCCCAGAUACUUCAUACAUAGAAUGUGAUGGAUUUAAAUGGGAUAUGGACAAGGAUGAAGACAAACAAAUGCAAGAUGUCAAAGACUGGUUUAGAAUUGUAUUAAAUUUAGGAGAUUAUUCUGUUGAAGAUGUUCAUAAAGACACGAAAAAAGAAGUAACUUUAGAUAAAGCUCAUACCAUAUUACGGGGUGGAUUUGAUAUCAGUAUUGGUCCAGAUAUAACAGGAUGCGUCUAUAUAAAAACAAAAAAACUAAUCCAAGAAUUAAAAUCUGAUGAAUGUCAAGCUAAAGGAGAAUUACUUAUUGCGAAUGCAAACAUUGAAUUAGACGUAUUGAUCGUACUGACUGACUUGUUAGGUAUAAUCAAGGAUUUCGUUCUUGAACAGGGAAUCAAAUAUAAUAAAAUGUUAGGAUCAAAUUUAAGAGCUGCCGAAAAAGAAGAGAUAAAGAUUGGCCCAUUAUCAAAAAAGGCGAAAUACAGAGAAGUUGUUGAAUUUUGUGAUGAAAGAAUGUUUGACAUUAUUCCAGAUAUGACCGAUGAUGAAUUAAAUCGAAUGAAUACUAGGUGGGGACUAAGGAUGCUUGAAAAAUCAGUUCCUAUUAAUGAUAAACCUAUUAUACAACGUUACAUAUCAGCGUUUAGUGAUGAUUACGAGAAUUAUGAGACCACAAUGUAUUCAUAA